AUGGCCGAGCAGGCUAUUGCCCUUCGCGAUGCCGAGCGUGAAAGAAAGGUCGCUCUUCUUGCCGCCUCGACAAAAACUUCUCAGACCACACCCCGUGUACCAUCGACCUCGGCGUCGACCUCGUCAUCUCCCGAGUCUAGUAUAAUCCUGGCCUAUUGCCGUGUGCCGGAUGAGAGGGUUCAGAAUCUCGAGCUCUCCCUCGGAUACAGAAUGCUACAGAUGGCGGGAAUUAAACCUGGAGGCCCGUCGCUUUCACCUGACCUUGGAGCGUUCCACGAAUGGUACGACAAAUAUCGAGCGGGUGAGAAGUUUGAACCUAAUGACUGGGACGAGUUUCACACGGCCACCGAUAACCUUAUGGCAUUUACAAUCAAGCAUGCCGCUGCAGUGUGUGCCACAGCUGCUGGCGCAGCGGAUGCCACUUUCGUGAAGAACUAUCAAGCAGCAGAACCUGUCGUCGUGGACGAAGCUGCUCGCCUCCCUGAAUAUCAGCACUGGCCGUUACUCGGUCUAUUCCCCAAUGUGGUUGGCAAGAUCCUCGUGGGCGAUCCCAACCAGCUACAUCCUAUGACAGAAUCGAAGGGCGACUCGAUCAAUCCUUUCGAACGACAGGUUGAAAUGUCGCUCCAGGAGAGACUCCAGACCCUAGGCUUCGAGUCGGCCUUCUUUACGACCCAGUACCGCGCCGUGCCGGACAUCGCAGCCAUCUACAAUAACGCGUGCUACGAGUCCCGGCUUACAAACGACGAGUCUACUCAUGUUACAGCGCGCCCGCUGGCACAGGACAUUGUCAGCCACAAUGAGCAGAGGUACGACCGUUCCACGUCGGUCAUCUUCUACAACCCGCCAGACCCCAAGGAGGAAUAUACCUUCAACGGCUCCAAGUGCUGCGCACAGUACGCCACCAUAGUACUCAAGAUCCUAGAGGGUCUUCUCCUCGCCGGCUUCGGCAGCGACAAACCUUGCUCCAUCGCCAUCCUGACCCCCUACCAGGGGCAAGAGAGGAUUCUGCGCAUCGCCAAGGCGAAGAUGGCAGAAAAGUACGGAGUCGCAGCGAAUGUGAUCUUGGAAACGGCCGGCAAAGUCCAAGGCAUCGAAUAUGACAUUGUCAUCGUGGACCCGGUGGCCGUCAAAAGCCCGGGCUUUUUAGAUAAAAACCGCCUGAACGUCCUCUUCUCGCAGGCCAAGUCCGGCCUGUACGUCGUCGGCCACUACCGCUCGUGGAUUUGGAUGUGGAAGGACGACUCACUCCCGCUGUGGACGAUCGCGAAAGAAUUGAAGAAAUAUCAGGUCGAUUGGCCAGCAGGCCAGACGUUGGCUUCGGAGUUCUUUGAUCCUAGUGUUCUGGAUGAUUGA